AUGGCGGCGGCGGCGGCGGCGUCCGCCGCUGCCGCCAAGGCGCUGACAAACGUACCGCGCUCCGUACCGGGUCUGCCGCCGGGUGUCAUACUGCUGAAGGGCUAUCUCACAAUGGACGAGCAGAUCCGGAUUGUCCUGCAGAUCCGAGAGCUCGGCGUGGGGCCCGGGGGGUUUUACACCCCGUCGUACAACACCGGCGCGCGGCUGUCGCUGCGGAUGAUGUGUAUGGGGCUUCACUGGGAGCCGCGUACGAGCAAGUACGAAGCCACGCGGUCAUCGUACGACGGUGCGACGCCGCCGCCCAUCCCGUCCUGGCUCGUGGAGCUUUGUGGGCGGUGCCUGGGGGCCGCCUCCGCCGCGGCCGCGGCCGCGGGAGGGAUUCAGCUUCCGCCGCUUCGUCCGGAUAUAUGUCUGGCUAACUUCUACGAGCGGUCUGGUCGACUGGGAAUGCACCAGGACAAGGACGAGAUGCCGGACUCUCUGCGAGCUGGGUUGCCUGUGGUGUCCCUGUCACUGGGGGACGCGGCGGACUUCCUGUACGGCAGGACCCGCGAGGCCGAACAGGCAAGCAGUGUACGACUGGAGUCAGGUGACGUACUUGUGUUUGGAGGUCCUGGCAGGAUGAUCUUCCACUCCGUGUCCCGUGUCCACCCCCACACGGCCCCCCGGGAGCUCCUGGCUGCCACCGGGUUGCGACCCGGCCGACUGAACCUGACCUUCAGGCAGUACCGAGCGCGGACAAAUGCGCCGUGA